AUGGCAGAGUUGGGUCCUGGCGGUGGCGGCGGUGGCGGUGGCGGCGGCGGCGGUGGCGGCGGCGGCGGCGGCGGCUACAAGGGUGGGAGUGACGAUAGCUCGUUCCAGGCGGCUGUAGAGGUCUUCGCGAAGCUGAAGGACCUCAAUUGCCCCUUCCUUGACGGUCUUUAUAUCACAGAACCAAAGACCAUUCAGGAACUGCUGUGUAGCCCCUCGAAGUACCGCUUGGAAAUCUUGGAGUGGAUAUGCACACGGGUCUGUCCCUCCUGGCUCGACAGGUUCAGCUUGCUGAAGGGGGCGUCAGCCGAAGUGAAGAUCCAAGCAGAGAUGGUGAAACUGGGCCAUGAACUGAUGUUGUGUGGGCUGGAUGACCAGGAGCUCCUGAAGGGCCGGGCCUGCGCCCAGAAGCAGCUGCACUUCAUGGACCAACUGCUGGACGUGGUCCGCAGCCUGAGUGUCGGCGACUCCAGCUGCCCCAGCUUGGAGGAGCGCUUUGAGGACACCAGGGAGAAGACCGAGGGGCUGCUGGGGGAGCUCUUCUCCAGCCCUUGCCUGCAGAUGCUCCUGAGACCUGAGUGUGAACCAUGGCCCGUGGACGUGCAGCCGCUUCUCGACAAGCAGAGCAACAACAGGCAGGAGGCCAGCCCCUUGGUCAAGUCAGAGGAGGAGAAGGUGGCAGAACUGGCCCGGCAGCUGCAGGAAAGUGCCUCAAAGCUUCAGGCACUCCAGGUAGAGUGCUUUGCACAGCAAGGAGCUGCUGUGGGCAGCGCCCACGCAAGCACCCUGGACCAGAAGCUGCGCCUGGUCACCUCUGACUUCCAUCAGCUCGUCGUGGCUUUCCUGCAAGUCUACGAUGGUGAGCUGGGCGAGUACUGCCAACGCCCAGGCCCCUACCUCCAUCCAUGUGGCCCCAUCGUCCAGGCCGUGUACCAGACCCUGAUGUCGUGCAGCCAACUAUUGAAGGCAGCUGUGGAAGUCACUAGCACCUCGGCGAAAGCCAUGCAGAUGGCGAACCAGCAGCAGGACGAGCAGAUAUGUUGGGGUAACAACAGCUCUGUCAUGAGUCUAGCCACCAAAAUAGAAGAGCUAACCCAGCAAUAUAAGACCUUCAGCGACUGUCUGCACAAAGGCCCACAGUAGCCUGUGAGCAGGGAGCUCUACCCCGAAGAGCCAGGCAGCAGCAGUCAGCCCCCUUGCUGCCUCUAGCUGCUCAGCACCUUCAGCUCUUUGGUGGGGG